UAGCAGCCUCGGCGGCCGCGCUCGCCCUCUCCCUCGCCACUCGGCCGCGCCUCAGCUCUUCCCUCAGGCCGCCAUGGUCCUCGCCGCCCGGGAGGGCGCAGGCUCGUCACGGCCCCGGGCUCUUGGCCGGCUGCUGCUUCUCUGCCUGUGGCUGGCGAGUGGCCGCGCGGCCGGGCCGCUCGCGGCGCCACGGCCGGACCUGCACGCGCAGCUUUCGGGCGUGGAGCAGCUGUUGGAGGAGUUCCGGCGGCAGCUGCAGCAAGAGCGGCCGCAGGAGGAGUUGGAACUGGAACUGCGGGCCGGCGGCGGCCCCCGGGAGGGCUGCCCGGGCCGGGGCGGCGGCGGCUACAGUGCCAUGCCGGACGCCAUCAUCCGCACCAAGGACUCCAUCGAGGCGGGCGCCAGCUUCCUGAGCGCGCCGGCGUCGGUGCGGGACUGGCGGCAGUGCGUGGCCGCCUGCUGCUCCGAGCCGCGCUGCUCCGUGGCGGUGGUGGAGCUGCCGCGGCGGCCCGCGCCCUCUGCCACCGCCCUCCGUUGCUACCUCUUCAACUGCACAGUGCGCGGCCGCAACGUUUGCAAGUUCGCCCUGCUCCGCGGCUACAGCAGCUACAGCCUCAGCCGCGCCGCGGUCCCCGACGCCGCGUGGGCCUCGACCGGACCCGAAAAGGACGAGCCUCCGCAAAGCAAGGCUGGACAGAAUGUGGUCCUGCAUCUACCCACAGACGAGGUGACGUUGGAUGGCCGUGAGAGCACAGAUGACCAUGCCAUCAUCCACUAUGAGUGGACGCUGCUGCAGGGUGACCCGUCGGUGGACAUGAAGGUGCCUCAGUCAGGGACCCUGAAGUUGGCCCACCUGCAGGAGGGAACCUACACAUUCCAGCUGACUGUGACCGACACUGCAGGCCAGAGGGGUUCCGACAAUGUGUCGGUGACAGUGCUUCCCGUGGCCCACGCCACCAAAGGGUGCCUGGGUACUUGCUCACGCUACCACUUCUUCUGUGACGACGGCUGCUGCAUUGACAUCACCUUGGCUUGUGACGGAGAGCGGCAGUGUCCCGAUGGCUCUGACGAGGCUUUCUGUCAAAACUUGGGCCUUGACCGAAAGAUGGCGACCCACACAGCCACUACUCCUGCCCAGCCAAGAACGACAGCACUGAUCAGAGAUGCUGAGGAUGUGUCCUUGUUGGAAAAGUCCCACGAAGCCACCGCCCCAGGCCAGCCAGCUGUGGUGUCCCACACAGAGAAGAACCACUUGGCCUUCGCAGGGACGGAAGGUCAAGUCAUUCCUGUGAUGCCAGACAGCAGUUCUCCAGCAAAGCAGAGAAAGGAGGAAAAGUAUAUUUUUGAGUCGAAGAGCAGUCGAGGAGAACACCCAGCUCCAGAAGCAGGUGCCGUGCUGCCCCUGGCCUUGGGUCUGGCUAUCACUGCUUUGCUGCUUCUCAUGGUCACCUGUCGACUUCGACUGGUCAAACAGAAACUUAAAAAAGCUCGUCCCAUUACGUCUGAGGAAUCCGACUACCUCAUAAAUGGGAUGUAUCUAUAAUAAAUGUAACCUAAGAAGCUUGCGACAGGGACAUGUUUCAAUUCCAGUUUAUGCAUACAUUAAGCUCUGGCA